AUGUCCCAAGAAACACAAACUGGCAGCUCUCAGCCUGGGGGAAAUGUUGCUGAACAUCCUCAGCACUUAUCUCAUAGUCCUACUCCUGCUACCUUUGCUUCUCAACUGCUUGAUCCAAACUAUAUGCACUCUGGAUAUGGAUAUGGACAUACUCCUCAAAGACACUCGACACCAGGUCACGCAUUUGCUCACAAUAGUCAACCUGGGUACCAGUAUGCACCCUAUACAGCUCAGUUCUACCAGCAAAGUCCUUCAGCAAUGCUAGGACAUUCUCCAGCAAAUCAAGGCACUCCUUUUCAAGCUCCUCAGACACCAAGCACUCCGAAUUUUCUUGUUGACAAUCAAGGUCACCAAAUCUCACCAAGAAGAGCUGGAGGGCAUAUUACAGAUAGGGUAGAGGAUUUGGACUCUAGUGGUGAUCAGGCAGAGGCUAUUCUAGCACCUGGAAAAUCUAAGGCAAAGGAAGCAAAGAAGGACAAGACAGUGAAGAAACCAGCAGGGAAGCAAAAGAAAGGUCAGGGGUCAAAAUCUGGUGUCAAUGCUCGAGAAGGAGGCAAAUCUGAUGAGGAAACAGAUAGUCUUGAUCUGAAGUUGAAAGCUGCUGCCAAUAUCAAGACAUCUGCCUCCUCUAUGUCAGAGAGAGCUUGUUGGACAGAUGAUGACAAGACAGCUCUCUUGUCUUAUGUCCUUGAUGCCUCCCAGUGGCCAGAUUUCAAAUUCGCAGCCUGUCGAGCUCGUCAGGAGCACACAGGAGGUGGAGAUGGAGAUGUAUUCAGAAUCAACCACCUCAACCUUGAGGAUGCUGCAUUAAAUGAUGAAACUGAUACUAAGAAAAAGAGGAAGAGAAGUGGAAGGUCAGCUACAGCUGCUUCAUUUUCUGAGGCUCAGCUGGAUGCAUUCGAGGCCUCAAUCCAUUUUCAGAUGCUUGACGAAGUGUAA